AUGUAUUCGUGCAUGCUUUCGUCGCUCUUCUUCUUCCUGUGCGUCAACUUUGUACAUAUCAUCCACACGGACAUAAAGCCCGAGAAUGUCCUCCUGUGCGUGGACGAGCCUCAUGUGCGCUCACCCUCCGUGGAGAAUACAUCUUCGGCUACGAAUGGACCGCAUUCGAAUCCAACGCUGCCAACACCUUCUCCGCCGCCGCAAGCAAAGGACACGGCUAAACAGGAUCCGGCGUUAGAGGAAUGCAAAGUCAACGUAAAGAUCGCCGAUCUGGGAAACGCUUGUUGGGUUGAUCAUCACUUGACCGAGGCCAUUCAACCGCGUCAAUAUCGGUCACUAGAAGUUAUUAUCGGUGCGGGCUAUAACACCUCGGCGGAUAUCUGUAGCACUGCAUGCAUGGUAUUCGAACUGGCCACCGGUGACUAUCUUUUUGAGCCACACUCCGGCGCAUCGUACACCCGCAACGAGGACCAUUUGGCCCACAUCAUCGAGCUACUGGGUCCAAUACCGCGGAACAUUUUGUUAAACGGCACCUAUGCGGCGAAGUCGUUUACCCGUUCCUGCGAGCUACGAAAUAUCUCGGGCCUUAAGCCCUGGGCCUAA